UGAGGGUAGAGUGCCGCGGCAGGCGACGCCCGCGGUCGCUCCGGGCCGGGGUUGGCGUCGGUCGGGGGCAACAUGGCUGCUCUCUUCGUUCUCCUAACCCUUCUCAUGCAAGCUGUGAGCAGGGCUGAGAGGGUCGCCUCGGAUGCGGAACCGUCCUCUGUGCCUAUACCAACCAAUGUUACAAUUCAGUCCUAUAACAUGAACCCUAUCCUCUACUGGGAGUACCAGACCAUGCCACAGACCCCUGUUUUUACUACACAGGUAAAGAACUAUCGGGAUGCAGAAUGGGUUGAUGCUUGCGUCAAUAUUUCUCAUCAUUAUUGUAAUAUUUUUCACUACACUGAUGAUCCAUCAAGUUCUCUCUGGGCCAGAGUUAAAGCUAGGGUUGGACAAAAAGAAUCUGCCUAUGCAAGAUCAAAAGAAUUUAUUUUGUGCCAACAUGGAAAAAUUGGACCACCUAAACUGGCUAUCAGAAGGAAGGAAAACCAAAUCGUUAUUGACAUAUUUCACCCUUUAAUUAUUGUAAAUGGAGAAGAACAGGGAGCCAUGUAUGAUGACGAAAAUACCUGUUACACAUUCAUGUACAAUGCAUAUGUGACAGUGAAUGGAAGUGAGAUCCUAGAUAAAAUAAAUUUGCAGACAGGAGAUGAUUGCAACGAGACGCAGUGCCAGUUAAGUAUUCCAGCGACCUCAGUGAAUUCUCGGUACUGUGUUUCAGCAGAAGGAAUUUCAGACACAUGGGGUGUUACAACAGAAAGGUCAAAAGAAGUUUGUAUUACCAUUUUCAGUAACAGCAUAAAAGAUUCUGUUUGGAUUCCAGUUUUUGCUGUUUUCCUACUCUUUCUAGUACUUAUCCUGGUAUUUGUCUAUUGUCAUAUUAAGAAGAUUAAUCCAUUUAGGAGAAAAAACAUAAUGUUGCCCAAGUCCUUGCUUUCUGUGGUAAGAAGUGCUACUUCAGAGACAAAACCUGAAUCAAAAUAUGUAUCGGUCAUCACAUCGUACCAGCCAUUUGUUCCAGAAAAGGAGAACGUGAUCUGUGAAGAGCAGUUGUCUUCAGCAACAAUUCCAGGCAUGCAAACUGAGGACAAGCCAGGAGAAGCAGAACAUAAAGAAGAACUUUCCGUUAAAACAGAAUUGUUGACUACUGAAGAAAAUAUUUCUGACACAGCCCCUGGCAGCCUCCCAACUCCAAUAAAGCGGGAGAAUUCUUUGCCUUCAAGUAGUAACCAGUCUGAACCCUGCAGUGUCGUUUUAAACUCAUAUCACUCCAGAAAUGGUUCUGAUAGUGGUCAUGUGGAGUCAGGUAGCUGCUUAUCUGACUCAGAAUUCCCCCCAAAUAAUCAAACUGAAAUAAAGACAGAAGAACAAGAGUCCACGAUGCUAAGAAAAGCCCCCAUCUCUUUCGGUUAUGAUAAACCGCACGUAUUAGUGGAGCUGCUUGCAGAUGAUGGUGGUAAAGACUCCUUGAUUGGUUAUAGACUUACAGCAGAUUCUAAAGAAUUUUCUUGACGUCAACCAACUGUGGAGGAUCCAAUUUUCCUGGAAAGUUUUUCUGUUUUGAUUUCAUGAAAAGAUCAUGAUCUCAGAAAUUGUAUCUUAGUUGACAUUAACACAUUAACUGCCAUGUGAGUUGUAUUUAACUCACACUAGUUUUGAGCCCGGGGCCUAGCAAGCAUAUGUAA